CGCCGCCGGAGCACCCGCGGCCAUGGAGGGCUCCCUGGAGAAGAUGGUUGACCCUACCUUAGCAGAAAUGGGAAAGAAUCUCAGCGAGGCCAUGAAGCUGCUUGAAGAUAGUCAAAGGAAAGCAGAAGAAGAAAAUGAAAAGAACUACACAAGGAAGGAUAUUCCUGGGCCACUUCAAGGCAGCGGACAAGACAUGGUGAGCAUUCUCCAGUUUGUUCAGACUCUAAUGCACGGGGAUGAAGAAGAAGAAUCACUACAGUCUUAUCGGCUUCAAAAUGUGGGGGAACAGGGACAUAUGGCUCUCUUAGGACACAGCUUGGCGGCGUAUAUUUCCAUCCUGGACAGGGACAGACUGAGAAAACUUACUACCAAGAUCCUUUCGGAUACAACUCUGUGGCUUUGUAGGCUCUUCAGGUUUGAAAAUGGGUCAGCCUAUUACCAUGAAGAUGAUCGCGAAGGGCUUUUAAAAGUCUGCAGGCUGGGGAUUCACUCCCGCUAUGACGAUUAUGCCACCGAAGGGUUUAAUGCCUUAUAUAACAAGCAGCCGGUGGUGUACAUCAGUGCUGCCGCAAGAACUGGCUUGGGCCAAUUCCUCUGUAGUCAGCUCGGCUUACCUCUUUCCUGCAUGUGCCGAGUGCCGUGUAACACCAUGUUUGGCUCCCAGCAUCAAAUGGAUGUUGCUUUGUUGGACAGACUGAUUAAGGAGGAUCUUGAAUCUGGAAAGCUGCCUAUCUUACUGGUGGCCAAUGCCGGCACCCCAGGGGCAGGGCACACAGACAAACUCGGGCGACUCCGGGAACUCUGCCGGCAACACGGCAUGUGGCUCCACGUGGAAGGGGUGAAUUUAGCCACUCUGGCUUUGGGUUACGUCUCAUCUUCCAUACUGGCAGCAACCAAAUGCGACAGCAUGACACUGACGCUUGGACCGUGGUUGGGUCUUCCAGCAGUGCCUGCAGUGACUCUUUACCGACAGGAGGAUCCUUCUUUGUCGUUAGCAGCAGGCCUGACCUCCAGCCAGGUAGCAGAGAAACUGCGUGCCCUGUCCCUCUGGCUGUCCUUGCAGUACCUCGGCCACGAUGGGAUCGUGGAAAGAAUUAAGCAUGCCUCACAGCUGAGUCAGCGGCUACUGGAAAACCUGAAGAACCAAGAUUUUAUUCGAACCUCAGUCGAAGAUGAAUUUAGCUCUCCUGUGGUGGUGUUCAAGUUUUCCCCAGAAAAGUCACAUAUAGAUCAGAUGCUACAAGCUGCGCAAUUGUCAGCGGUCACCGGGAAUGAGGGAGACAUUUGUGAUACCUUUAACCAGUGGCUUGGAGAGCAACUGGCUCAGUUGGUCCCUGCCAGUGGGGUGGAUCUGGUGGAUCUGGAGGACGAAGGCACCUGCGUGCGUUUCAGCCCUUUAAUGACUUCUGCAGUUUUAGGCACUGAAGUUCAAGACGUGGAUCAGUUGAUGGACUGCUUAAAAAUGAAGGUCCCCGUUCUGAACUGCACUUUGCAGCUGAGAGAGGAAUUCGAACAGGAAGUGAAGAGAACCGUCGGCUUGUCCUAUGUGGAAGAUUUUAGCUGGCCUGGCCUUGGGGUGGUCAGGUAUAAGGGCCAAAAUGAAGAGAUGUCGGAGAAAGACGCGGAGAAGAUAAACAUCUGCCUUUUGAAGAAGCUCAACGAACUGGAAUCAGACCUGUUAUUUUCUUUAGGGCCAGAAUUUGGAGCAGAGAAGAACUGCAUUUAUAUCGGGAUGGUCACCGAGGAUCUAGAUGUCCCUGAGCUGGUGGAAACUAUUGCAGCAACUGGCCGUGAAAUUGAAGAAAAUUCAAAGCUUUUGGAAAACAUGACCGAGGUGGUUCGAAAAGGCAUCCAAGACGCCCAGGUUCAGUUGCAGAAAGCCAACGAGGAACGCCUCCUGGAAGAGGGUUUGCUUCGACAAAUUCCUAUGGUGGGCUCUGUCCUCAAUUGGUUUUCCCCAUUUCACGCCUCAGCAAAGGGACAGACGUUCAACCUAACGGCAGGUUCUUUAGAAUCCACAGAGACAACGUAUGCAUCCAAAGUCCAGGGCACGGGGGUCACCCCGCCUCCCACUCCCACAUCAAGCCGUGCUAAACAGAAGUUUCCUGGUCAAAAACUGUUUAGACGGGCCGGGAGGAACUCGGAUGGGGUCAGCGAGACCAGUUCCGUGAGCCAAGCUGCCGAUUUAGACAGAGGAGAAUUCGCCGCUUCUCCCGUCAAGCCGGAGAACACGGAGCCGUCGAGCGAAGGCAUGACGCCUUUCACCCAGGAAGCCUCGAACGCUUCCCCAGGCACCAAGUCUCAAGCCUCGGGAAUUGACCCCUCGCCAUCCGAGGAGAAAGAGAGUCUUAGAUAAAAAUCAAGAAUCUGCGCAUUAAGACUUUGUGCAGGGGAGGCGGGGAAGGGGGAAA